AUGACGGAUCAACAGAACAACAACAGCAUCUCGGCAAAUCCUUUUGCUGCAUUGUUUGGGUCUCUUGCGGAAGCUCGUCAGUUUGCUGCUGGACAAAAGCAGCAGCUCAGAGAGCAAACAGAGGAUGCAGGCGAGAGUCUCGAUGAUUCUGACAAUAGUGUUUCAGAGAGCCUGGAUGACUGUGAUGAUUCGGUGGCAGAAAUAAGCCGAUCGUUUCGAUCUCAGCAAGAGAUAUGUGAACAGCUGAACAUCAACCAUAUGAUUCAGAGAAUCUUUCUUAUUACAUUGGAUAACAGUGAUCCCAGUAUGAAAGGUGGUAAUGGAAUCCCUCUGCGCUGUGUGUACCUGGAAGAGUUGGGUUCUGAACUGGAUGGGCAGGAUUGGUUGGACAUGGACAAUGUUGAACAGGCUCUGUUUACUCGCCUUCUUUUGCCUGAGCCUGGAAAAUAUAUGAUUUGUAUGACAUCUUCUGGAGCACCAAACCUGUCUGCAGAGAGAGAUGCUGGAGAAAAACACAUCCUUCCCUUCCUGUUUUCCUGUUUCCUGAGAGCCAAGAAGGAGGUCACUAAGGUACCAGAGAAUCUGCUGCCAUAUGCUGUGCGUUGCAAGGCUCUGACUGUUUCAAAUGCACGUACUCUUCUACUAACCCCAGAGAUCUAUCAGGGACAAGAUGUUCCAGCGCAAGUGGUAGACUUGAUGCUUGAGGGGUUACAAGGGGCAAACUUUGAAGAGGUCGUAGAAUUCUUAGAGGAAAUCACAGAGGCACUUGUGGCAGAUGAAGACGUACGCUCCUUCAGUGAAGUUUUCCUACCUGUGUUUGAUGUUAUUCUGGAACGUGUAAGGGACUUGGAUUUAUGUCUGAUGCUUCUUUACACCUAUCUGGACAUACUUCUAUACUGUACCAAGCAAAAAGACAUUGCAAAGGUUUUUGUGAAACACAUUCAACCUCAAGAUCCAUCAAAUGGGCAUCAAUACCAAAAAACAUUGCUGGGUGAAAUUCUUAGCAUUUCCUGUCUAUUACGUACCCCUGGUGUGGUAGAAAAUCAUGGAUAUUUUUUAAACCCAUCACGUUCCAGCCCACAGGAGAUAAAGGUUCAAGAAUCAAAUAUCCACCAGUUCAUGGCUCAGUUUCAUGAGAAGAUUUAUCAGCUUUUGAAGAACCUCCUUCAGUUAUCUGCAGAUACCAAGCAGCAUAUUUUGUUAUGGCUGGGGAACUGUCUACAUGCAAAUGCUGGUCGUGCCAAAAUUUGGGCCAGCCAGGUCCCUGAAAUUUUCCUUCAGACCUAUGCUUCUGAUAGCUUCUUUUUAAAUUUGGGUGCUGCCUUACUUCGCUUGUGCCAGCCUUUUUGUAAGCCAAAAUCUGCUCGCCUGCUGACAUUCAACCCCACUUACUGUGCUCUGCGUGAGAUCAAUGAAGAGGAGCGCAGGACCUGGAAUGUCCACAUGAAGGGACUCAACAAAGAAACUUGUUUAAUUCCAACUGCUGAUGACCAGCAACCGGACUUUCCUCAGACCUUCAACUUGGUGACAGAAAACUUGGUGCUCACACAGUACACACUUCAUUUAGGCUUUCACAGGUUGCAUGAGCAAAUGGUAAAAGUGAACCAAAGCCUGCACAGACUGCAAGGAGCAUGGAGAGAUGCCCAGCAGAAUGGCAACCCCAGUGCCGAGAACCUAAGAGAACAGUUUGAGCGCCUUAUGACAAUUUAUUUGUGCUUGAAAGCAGCUCUAAGUGAACCUCACACCCUACAGAACUGCCUCAAUCUACAAGUUUCUACUGCUGUCCUGCUGGUACAAAUCGCAUUGGGUAAUCGAGGCACAGAGCUGAUUCCACUCACCUUUCCUCUGUCGGAUGUACAGCACAGUGCCCUGGCCUAUGUACCAGAAUUCUUCGCUGAUAAUCUGGGUGAUUUUUUCAUCUUUCUGAGACGGUUUGCAGAUGAAGUUUUGGAAACUGCUGCUGAAUCUUUAGAACAGAUACUGGACUUUAUUACUGUGUUCUUAGGCAGUGUUGAAAGAAUGAAAAAUCCCCACCUUCGUGCCAAGUUAGCAGAGGUACUGGAAGCUGUGAUGCCCCAUUUGGAACAAACACAGAAUCCACUAAUCUCCAGUGUCUUUCACCGGCAGCGAAUCUUUUGUUCAUAUCGGCAUGCACCACGCCUUGCAGAAGCUCUCAUAAAAGUGUUUGUUGAUAUAGAAUUUACAGGGGACCCUCAUCAGUUUGAGCAGAAGUUUAACUAUCGGCGGCCUAUGUACCCUAUUUUAAGAUAUAUGUGGGGACAGGACACAUAUCAACAGAGUAUAAAGAAUCUGGCUGAUUAUGCAGCAGACAACCUUGAAGCUGUGAGCCCACCAUUGUUUCUGCGAUUUCUCAAUUUAUUAAUGAAUGAUGCGGUAUUCUUACUGGAUGAGGCUAUCCAGUACCUGAGCAAAAUUAAAAUUCUGCAAAUCGAAAGGGAUCGAGGCGAAUGGGAUAAUUUGAGCCCUGAGAGCCGACGAGAGAAGGAAUCCAAUCUGCUCAUGUUUGGGCAGCUAGCCAGAUUUCACAACAUCAUGUCAAAUGAAACUAUUGGUACCUUAGCAUUUCUUACAUCAGAUAUACGCUCGCUUUUUGUCCAACCAUUUUUAGCAGAACGUAUUAUUUCUAUGCUUAACUACUUUCUCCAGCAUCUAGUGGGCCCUAAGAUGGGGGCCUUGAAAGUGAAAGAUUUUAGUGAAUUUGAUUUCAAGCCACAGCAACUGGUUUCUGAUAUCUGCACCAUCUACUUGAACUUGAGUGGUGAAGAGAAUUUCUGUUCCUCAGUACCCAAGGAUGGCCGCUCCUAUUCACCAACACUCUUUGCUCAAACUGUACGGGUCUUAAAGAAAAUAAACAAGCCAGGAAAAUAUGAUAGUGGCAUUCACUAAUCUGGCUGAGAAGAUUAAAUCUUUGGCAGACAGGCAGCAGCGUGAAGAGGAGACCUUUGCUGAUGCACCUGAUGAGUUUCUUGAUCCUAUUAUGAGUACUGUUAUGUCAGAUCCAGUCAUUCUGCCAUCCUCCCGUGUCACUGUGGACAGGUCAACCAUUGCUCGACAUCUACUAAGUGAUCAGACUGACCCUUUUAACCGAAGUCCUCUCACAAUGGAUCAGCUGAAACCAAAUACCGAAUUAAAGGAAAGGAUCUUGAAGUGGCUGUCAGAGCGCACACAGCACAGUGAAAACACGGGACAAUAUUCAUUGUAG